UCCAGAGUCCACAGCGCUCUCUCUCUCGCUCUCUUGUUCUCUUUUACACACACUGCCUCCGCUUCUCCCUUCCUUCCUGCAUCUCUCUCUCUCUCUCUCUUGGCCCCUCCAUCUGCCUUUCUCUGGGAGCUGUCACUUUCAUCAGAGAAGCGCUGUGUGCCUUUAUGCGAGUUGUUCCGUCCCCCCCCUAUUGAUGUAGCGAUGGGGGGGCUUGUGUUUUGAUGCUGGGAGGAGGAGGAGAGAGGGAACUGAAGCUGGAGUUGGAGUUGGGAGUUGGAGAGGAGCUUGCAGCUUGUAGACUUGCUGCGUGGGGCAAUGUGUGGUGUGGAGCACACUGCUGUUGCUGCCACCAACACCACCACCGCUGCUGCUGCUGAUUGAAACUCUAGCACCCUGCACUCUUGGACUAAGCACUGGGAAUAGGAGGAGAGGAACCAACGCUCCCGUGCCCUUUUUGCCGCCGGCUGACUUGGACGGACGGGACUUUCUCCAGUGGUGUUGGGGGCAAUUGAAGAAGAGAGAGAGAGAGUCCUCGCCAUUCAUCCAUCUCUCAUCUCAUCUCAUCUCAUCUCAUCUCAUCUCAUCUCAUCUUAUCUCCUCUCGUCCGAUCAUCGCACUUCUGUCCCCAAGUUUGGUGGACUUUGGUGGACAGUUUGGUGCUACUGCUGUUGCUGCUUCAACUAUAACUGUAACUUCUGUAACUGAGUUCCCUGGUGGACAGGACAGACGUCAACGUAACCAAUGGAGCUGCAAAGGGCCACUAGUAUGCCGGGCCCCCUGUCGCCGGGUCCCCUGUCCCCUGGACACGUGUCCCCUGCUCCCCUCUCUCCUGGGCCCUUGUCCUCCCCCGGGCCAGGCCCGUCCUCGCCUGUGCCGGGACCCAGUGGUGCUAGCCCAGCUCCCGGGCUCUUGUACAACUACAAUCAGAUGGAGGGCCGCUUCAAACAACUGCAAGACGAGCGUGAGGCGGUGCAGAAGAAGACCUUCACCAAAUGGGUCAACUCCCACCUGUCGCGCGUCUCCUGCCGCAUCACCGACCUCUACCUGGACCUGAGGGAUGGACGCAUGCUCAUCAAGCUGCUGGAGGUGCUGUCCGGAGAGAGGCUGCCCAAACCCACCAAAGGGCGAAUGCGUAUCCACUGCCUGGAGAACGUGGACAAGGCCCUGCAGUUCUUGAAGGAGCAGCGUGUGCACCUGGAGAACAUGGGAUCCCAUGACAUCGUCGACGGCAACCACAGACUCACACUCGGACUCAUCUGGACCAUCAUCCUCCGCUUCCAGAUCCAGGACAUCAGUGUGGAGACGGAGGACAACAAGGAGAAGAAGUCUGCCAAGGACGCCCUGCUGCUGUGGUGUCAGAUGAAGACAGCUGGAUAUCCCAACGUCAACAUCCACAACUUCAGCACCAGUUGGAGGGAUGGCAUGGCCUUCAACGCCCUCAUCCACAAACACAGGCCCGACCUGAUUGACUUUGACAAACUGAAGAAGUCCAAUGCUCAUUACAACCUGCAGAAUGCCUUCAACCUGGCGGAGCAGCACCUGGGCCUCACCAAGCUGCUGGACCCAGAGGAUAUCAGUGUGGACCACCCAGAUGAGAAGUCUGUCAUCACCUACGUGGUGACCUACUACCACUACUUCUCCAAGAUGAAGGCCCUGAAGGUGGAGGGCAAGCGUAUCGGAAAGGUCCUGGACAGUGCCAUUGAGGCGCAGAAGAUGGUGGACAAGUACGAGUCGCUGGCGUCCGACCUGCUGGAGUGGAUCGAGCAGACGAUCAUCAUCCUCAACAACCGCAAGUUCGCCAACUCACUAGUGGGGGUACAGCAGCAGCUGCAGGCCUUCAACACCUACCGCACCGUGGAGAAGCCACCCAAGUUUACGGAGAAGGGCAACCUGGAAGUGCUACUCUUCACCAUUCAGAGCAAGAUGCGAGCCAACAAUCAGAAGAUCUACAUGCCUCGAGAGGGCAAGCUCAUAUCGGACAUCAACAAGGCCUGGGAGCGCCUGGAGAAGGCGGAGCAUGAGCGUGAGCUGGCGCUGCGGACGGAGCUGAUUCGCCAGGAGAAGCUGGAGCAGUUGGCGCGCCGCUUUGACCGCAAGGCCGCCAUGAGGGAGACCUGGCUCAGCGAAAACCAGAGACUCGUCUCACAGGACAACUUCGGCUUCGACCUGCAGGCGGUGGAGGCGGCGACCAAGAAGCACGAGGCGAUCGAGACGGACAUCUCGGCGUACGAGGAGCGCGUGCAGGCCGUGCUGUCGGUGGCCCGUGAGCUGGAGCAGGAGACCUACCACGACAUCAAGCGCGUGUCGGCGCGCAAGGACAACGUGCUGCGCCUCUGGGAGUACCUGCUGGAGCUGCUGAAGGCCCGACGCCACCGGCUGGAGCUCAACCUGGGCCUGCAGAGGGUCUUCCAGGAGAUGCUCUACAUCAUGGACUGGAUGGACGAGAUGAAGAUGCAGCUGCUGUCUCAGGACUACGGUAAGCACCUGCUGGGCGUGGAGGACCUGAUCCAGAAGCACGCGCUGGUGGAGGCCGACAUCGCCAUCCAGGCCGACCGCGUCAAGGCCGUCAACGCCAACGCCCAGAGGUUCAUCACAGAGACGGAAGGUGAUGCAGCAGGCUACAAGCCGUGCGACCCGCAGGUGAUCCGCGACCGCGUGGCCCACAUGGAGUACUGCUACCAGGAGCUCAUCCAGCUGGCGGCCGAGCGCCGCGCGCGACUGGAGGAGUCCCGGCGCCUCUGGAAGUUCUUCUGGGAGAUGGCGGAGGAGGAGGGCUGGAUCCGCGAGAAGGAGCAGAUCCUGUCUCUGGACGACUGCGGCAAGGACCUGACGGCCGUCAUGCGGCUGCUGAGCAAGCACAAGGCCCUUGAGGACGAGAUGAGCGGCCGCGCCGGAGGCCUCCAGCAGACGGUGAAGCAGGGCCAGGACCUGUUGGACGCUCACCACUUCGGCUCGGAUAAGAUCCGUGAGCGCAUGGCCGACGUGCAGGAGCAGUGGGCCGCGCUGGAGAGACUGGCCGCCUCCAGGAAGAACCAGCUGCAGGAGGCACUGGGAAUGCACCAGUUCCAGGCGGAUGCGGACGACAUGGAUGCCUGGAUGCUGGACGUGCUGCGCAUCGUGUCCAGCUCGGACGUGGGCCACGACGAGUUCUCCACGCAGGCGCUGGUCAAGAAGCACAAGGACGUCACCGAGGAGAUCAACAGCUACCGGCCCGUACUGGACGCCCUGCAUGACCAGAGCAAGGUCCUGCCACCGCAGCAUGCCGAGUCCGAGGAGGUGAAGGGUCGCCUGGCGGGCAUCGAGGAGCGGUAUGCUGAGGUGGCGGAGCUCGCUCGACUGAGGAAGCAGGCCCUGCAGGACGCCCUGUCCUUCUACAAGAUGCUCAGCGAGGUGGACGCCUGCCAGCUGUGGAUCGACGAGAAGGAGCUGUGGCUCAACAGCAUGCAGAUACCAGAGAAGCUGGAGGACCUGGAGGUCAUACAGCACAGGUUCGAGAGCUUUGAGCCGGAGAUGAAUGCCCAGGCGUCUCGCGUGGCCGUAGUUAACCAGAUCGCCAGGCAGCUGAUCCACAGCGGCCACCCCAGCGAGAAGGAGAUCAAAGCCCAGCAGGACAAGCUCAACACCAGGUGGAGCCAGUUCCGCGACCUGGCGGAGCAGAAGAAGGACGGCCUCAACUCGGCGCUGGGCAUCCAGAACUACCACCUGGAGUGCAACGAGACCAAGUCCUGGAUCCGCGAGAAGACCAAGGUCAUCGAGUCCACGCAGGAGCUGGGCAACGACUUGGCGGGGGUGAUGGCCCUGCAGCGUAAGCUGACCGGCAUGGAGCGGGACCUGGCGGCCAUCGAGGACAAGCUGGGAGACCUGGGCAAGGAGGCGGACCGACUGGCGGAGGAACACCCCGACCAGGCUCCGGGCAUCAAGGGCCACCUUGGGGAGAUCAAGGAGGUGUGGGAGGAGAUGAAGGACACGCUGAAGAACCGCGAGGAGUCGCUCGGGGAGGCCUCCAAACUGCAGGGCUUCCUUAGGGACCUCGACGACUUCCAGGCCUGGCUGUCGCGCACGCAGACGGCCAUCGCGUCUGAGGACCUUCCUAACACGCUGGCCGAGGCCGAGAAGCUGCUGGCACAGCAUGAGACCAUCAAGAACGAGAUCCGAAACUAUGAGGAAGACUACCAAAAGAUGCGGGACAUGGGUGAGAUGGUGACCCAGGGCCAGACGGACGCCCAGUACAUGUUCCUCAGGCAGAGGCUGCAGGCGCUGGACACCGGCUGGAACGAGCUCCACAAGAUGUGGGAGAACCGUCAGAACCUGCUGACCCAGUCGCACGCCUACCAGAGCUUCCUCCGCGACACCAAGCAGGCCGAGGCCUUCCUCAACAACCAGGAGUAUGUGCUGGCCCACACGGAGAUGCCGGCUACGCUGGAGGCUGCGGAGGCGGCCAUCAAGAAGCAGGAGGACUUCAUGACCACCAUGGACGCCAACGAGGAGAAGAUCAACGCCGUGGUGGAGACCGGACGCCGCCUGGUGAGCGACGGCAACGCCAGCGCCGACCGCAUUCAGGAGAAGGUGGACUCCAUCGACGACAGGCACAAGAAGAACCGUGAGGUAGCCAGUGGUCUCCUGAUGAAGCUGAAGGACAACAGAGACCUGCAGAGGUUCCUCCAGGACUGCCAGGAGCUAAACUUGUGGAUCAGUGAGAAGAUGCUGACGGCUCAGGACAUGACGUAUGACGAGGCGCGUAACCUGCACAGCAAGUGGCUGAAGCACCAGGCCUUCAUGGCCGAACUGCAGUCCAACAAGGAGUGGCUGGACAAGAUAGAGAAGGAUGGCAUGGCGCUGGUGGCAGAGAAGCCUGAGACGGAGCCGGUGGUGAAGGAGAAGCUGGGCAGCCUCAAGUCACAGUGGGCGGAGCUGGAGGGCACCACCCAGAAGAAGGCCCAGUGUCUGUUCGAUGCCAACAAGGCCGAGCUGUUCACCCAGAGCUGCGCCGACCUGGACAAGUGGCUCGUGGGCCUGGAGGGCCAGAUCCAGUCCGACGACUUUGGGAAGGACCUGACAACCACCAACAUCCUGCUCAAGAAACAGCAGAUGCUGGAGAGCCAGGUGGAGGUGCGUCAGAAGGAGGUGGACGAGCUGAGUUCGCAGGCCCAGGCGCUGCGGCAGGAGGGCAAGGGCUCGGACGAGGUGGACGGGCAGCGGCGCGGCGUGGAGCAAAAGUUCCAGGGCCUGCUGGAGCCUCUGAGGAAGAGGAAGAGGAACCUCAUGGCCUCCCGGGAGAUACACCAGUUCAACCGCGACGUGGAGGAUGAGAUUCUGUGGGUUGAGGAGCGAAUGCCCCUGGCCACCUCCACUGACCAUGGAAACAACCUGCAGACCGUCCAGCAUCUCAUCAAGAAGAACCAGACCCUCCAGAAGGAGAUCCAGGGCCACCAGCCGCGUUACGACGACAUCUUCGAGCGCAGCCAGAACAUCCUGAAGGCCGACAGCCCCAACGGAGACGCCAUCCGCCAACGGCUGGGCGACCUGCGCAAGCUGUGGACGCAGAUCAUCGAGGAGGCCGACAAGAGGCACGGCCGCCUGGAAGAGGCCCACAAGGCCCAGCAGUAUUACUUCGACGCCGCCGAGGCAGAGGCCUGGAUGAGCGAACAGGAGCUAUACAUGAUGUCCGAGGAGAAGGCUAAGGAUGAGCAGAGCUCGGUGGCCAUGCUGAAGAAGCACCAGAUCGUGGAGCAGGCUGUGGAGGACUAUGCGGAGACCGUACACCAGCUCUCCAAGACCAGCAGGGCACUGGUGGCAGCCGGACACCCAGAGAGCGAGCGAAUCGGAAUGCGGCAAUCGCAGGUUGACAAGCUGUACGCCGGGCUGAAGGACCUAUCGGAGGAGAGGAGGGGCAAGCUGGACGAGAGGUCCCGCCUCUUCCAGCUGAACCGCGAGGUGGACGACCUGGAGCAGUGGAUCGCCGAGAGGGAGGUGGUGGCCGGAUCACACGAGCUGGGACAGGACUACGAACACGUCACGAUGUUGCAGGAGCGUUUCCGGGAGUUUGCGCGGGACACUGGCAACAUCGGGCAGGAGCGCGUGGACGGCGUCAACCAGAUGGCAGACGACCUCAUCAACGGCGGGCACACGGACGCGGCAACCAUCGCCGAGUGGAAGGAUGGUCUGAACGAGGCCUGGGCUGACCUGUUGGAGCUGAUCGACACGCGGACGCAGAUCCUGGCGGCGUCCUACGAGCUGCACAAGUUCUACCAUGACGCCAAGGAGGUGUUGGGUCGCAUCCUGGACAAGCAUAAGAAGCUGCCCGAGGAGCUGGGUCGCGACCAGAACACCGUGGAGACCCUGCAGAGGAUGCACACCACCUUCGAACACGACAUCCAGGCCCUGGGCACGCAGGUGAAGCAGCUGCAGGAGGAUGCGCAGCGUCUGCAGUCUGCGUAUGCGGGGGAUAAGGCGGAGGACAUCGCGCGGCGCGAGGGGGAGGUGCUGGAGGCCUGGCGCCACCUGCUGGAGGCCUCCGAGGGCCGCCGCGUACGCCUGUUUGACACCAGCGACAAGUUCCGCUUCUUCAGCAUGGUCCGGGACCUCAUGCUGUGGAUGGAGGACGUCAUACGCCUCAUUGACGCCCAGGAGAAACCCAGGGAUGUGUCGUCUGUGGAGCUCCUGAUGAACAACCAUCAGGGCAUCAAGGCUGAGAUCGACGCCCGUAACGACAGCUUCACCACCUGCAUCGAGCUGGGCAAGGCUCUGCUGGCCAGGAAGCACUACGCAUCGGAGGAGAUCAAAGAGAAGUUGCUGCAGUUGACGGACAAGAGGAAAGAGAUGAUUGACAAGUGGGAGGACCGAUGGGAGUGGCUGAGACUGGUGCUGGAGGUGCACCAGUUCGGUCGUGACGCGGGGGUGGCGGAGGCGUGGCUUCUGGGUCAGGAGUCGUACCUGUCGAGUAAUGUGGCUGGCCAGAGCGUGGACGAGGUGGAGAAGCUCAUCAAGAGGCACGAGGCCUUCGAGAAGUCCGCCGCCACCUGGGAGGAACGAUUCGCCGCCCUCGAGAGACUGACGACGAUGGAGUUGUUGGAAGUGAGAAGACGGCAAGAGGAAGAAGAGAAGAAGAGGCAGCCUCCUCCCCCCGAGGAGACAGCGCCCCCAGAGGCAGCGGCGGACGCAGCAGCAGGAGGAGCAGCAACCUCUCCUCAGAAGGAGGGUGAGCCGGUGUCCCAGAACGGCGUGACCGAGCAGGACUCCCCGCGGGAGGCUGCAGCAGCAGCAGCGGCGGCAGCAGCAGGAGCUGGAGGAGGAGGAAGCGAAGUGGUCAACGGAGUGGUGGAGCCCAGCCCAGGGCCCUCGCCUACGGCAAGCCGCAAGUCCAAACCUAGCAGCCAGGCGGCCACCCUGCCCACCAAGCCCCAGGAGACCUUCACCCAGCUGGAGGGCUUCCUGCACCGCAAGCACGAGUGGGAGGGCCACAACAAGAAGGCAUCCAACAGGUCUUGGCAUAACGUGUACUGCGUGAUCAACCACCUGGAGAUGGGCUUCUACAAGGACAGCAAGAGUGCCAGCCAGGGCGUGCCCUACCACAGCGAGAUGCCCAUCAGCCUGAGGGAUGCCGUCUGCGAGGUGGCCGUGGACUACAAGAAGAAGAAGCACGUCUUCAAGCUGCGACUUUCGGACGGGAAUGAGUAUCUCUUCCAAGCCAAAGAUGACGAGGAGAUGAACUCCUGGAUCCAGGCGGUGUCCACCACGGCAACCCCUUCCGACCGCUCGGACGUGGCCCCCAGUGGCCAUUCAACCCCCGCAUCAAGCCGCGCACAUACCCUCCCCGCACAGGUCACUCCCCUCUCCGAGUCCAGUCCAGGCAAAAGAGAGAAGGACAAAGAGAAACGCUUCAGCCUCUUCAGCAAAAAGAAGUAGCAUCAGCUCAAGGUCAAGACCCUUUUCUGACAGCCGCCAUCUUGUCCCUGUCGGUCCCCUCCUCAUUCUUUUGAGCGGAUGAAAAAAAGAAGAAGAAGAAGAAAAAAAUAAAGAAACAACACGAAUGAAGAAAAAUAAUAAAUACGAUUGCAAGACUCCAGCAUGCUCAGCAAGCUCAGAGCCAAAACUCCACACUCUGUGCCUACGUAAUGACCCUCUUGGCGGGUUCGGAGGUCAACUUUGGCGUACUUUUGUAAUAAGGAAGAAAAAAAAGAGAGAUAAUGGGGGGGAAGAAAUUACACAAGGGUGUGUGAUGCUUUGGGCAGCUUUCCAUCGCAAGUCAUUCCGAAAAGAAAAGAAAAAAAAGUCCCAUGAGAGAUGUAUUUUCGUUGGUUAAGCUUACUUUUGUUCCUUGUUAAUUUUUCCUACUUUUGAAACCAUGUCUCGCUUUUGACGUCAUUGUUUUUGUUUGUGCCCGUCUCGCUCUCCUCUCUCCUCUUUUUCUCUCUUUUCUAACUGUAUGCAAUUUAUAGGGUUUACCCUCAGUUUUGUGAGGCUUCCGUUUGUUUAUUUCUGCUGGUGAGAAGCAAGGCGUCGUCGUCGGUGCUUUGGACUCAAACCACAUACUGUUGAAUUGCUAACUUUUUUUGUUGACUUUACUUCACUAAUCAAUACUCCAGCCAUAAGCUUCAAGAAUCUAUGUCUUACGGAACAUAAUAAACUUAGUAUAAAAUUCAACGUACAUUUGAAUGCAAAGCCACAAUAAUACCUAAUAUUAUUAACUUAAUAUCUUGGGACUCGUUAGAGCUAAGAGAUAACCAUUCAGGUUGGACAUUGAUGAAGGACUAGUUAUAUAUGAACAUCAUGUUAUAAGCUCCAUUUUGUUUUUGUUUAUUUGUUUCAGUUUUUGUUUCAUGAGUUGCAUUAUAAUGUAUGGUUAAAAGAUUUAUUUAGAGAAAAAAAAUAUGAAUAUAGAUGUAUUAUAAACACAUUAAAGCGUUGUUGUUCAGUGGAAAAAACUGAAAGUCCAGCCUUUACCUUGCCCAGUAAACCUGACUGAAACAUGGCUGCUUGCUUGUUGGCUAUAGCACUGCUGCGUGUUCUCAUUUUGCUACUUCAGGCUAUUUGAUAAAUAGUGUGCAUUUCUGUCACUGUAACUAUUGUAAUGAUAACAAGAUUUUCAUCAUGUUGCACAACAAUCAACAAAAUGCCAUGAAAAGCCAGGUGCCCUUUCUGGGGGUGCUUUGGAGGAACCAUGCUACCCCCGGCCCCUAACCAUGGAUGAGUCUGCACCUGUAGCCUUUUACCCUCUGUUAAAUAUGUGCAAAGUCAUUAAAAUGCUUUUAAAACGA